AUGCUGCUCUCAGCCGCACUUCUGGCUUUCACGGCCUCUGCCGCCGUCGUCAUCAUCCCCGGCGGCGGCGACCCCAAGCCCUACAACGGCCCCGCCCCCGUCACAUCCGCCGACGCCUUCUUCCGGCAGUCGGCCCCCAACGAAUUCCUCAACAACACCGCCCAAGGCGACUCCUUCAUCCGCGGCGCGAUCCAGGCCUGGGGCGAGCACCUGCACCUGGUCGUGCGCCCGGACGAGGUCUGGUUCACGAUCCUGGUGCAGCUCAACUUCUACAUGCUCUCGCACUCGGCCGACGUGCGGCCCCUCUUCACCGACUCCACCAACCGCACCGAGAUCUACGUCGAGGACGUCAGCUGGCCGGCGAUACUCACCGACUUCGCGGCCGCCAUCCAGGCCCACGUCAAGCCCGCCUGGCUGCUCGACUGGCUGGUCCCGUCCUUCAGCACCUCCACCCGCGCCGACGCGCUCACCGCCGCCGUGCUGCUCAUGGGCCUGGCCAAGGCCUACUUCAAGUACGUCGCCAAGCUGGUCUGCGGCCUGCCGUCGGUCACGCUGCUCGGCACGCGCGCCGACUGGGCCGCGCUGCUGGCCAAGCUGGACCGGCUGCCCGCCUUCGGCGACGAGCCGGCCGCGUACGCCGCCCGGCUGCGGCCGAUCCUGCGCCGGUUCGUCGCCAGCUUCGACGACCCGGACGCCGAGGACACCCGCCGCUUCUGGAACCAGAUCGUUUCGGCAAGGGCGGCCCAUGUGUGCGGCGAACCGCCCGUGUACCUGACCGGCUGGAUCGGCGGGUUUUACUACUGGAAUGGUGACGGAGGCGCGUUUGGCCGGCCGACCGGCCGCAGGGACGCGCUGGUGCUGGACGGCGUCGAGUAUCCCAUGCUGGACCUGAUGUCACCGUGUCACCUGACGACGGUGCCGGUCGGCUAUACGACGGCGCCGCUGGUGCUGCGCGACUGGGACGGCGUGAAGGAGUUUCCCGCGUUUGUGGCCGCGGGGACGCUGGGGAAGCAGAUCACGAUCGGGCCGCCCGACGGGUACAAGGAGGCGCUGGAGAGAAGCGGGGAUAAUGUGAGUCUGGCUGCUGUGGAGGCGGAGCAGGAGCAUGCGACGCUGAGACCGCUGAGCGGGUGGAUGCUCUACGGGCCGCUGGAGGACCAUAACGCUACUUCGUCGGCGUUGGUGGAAGAGGAAUUGCAGCAGAUUCAGGCCGGUAUCGUGCGGUUCAUGACAGGGGAGACGUGCGGGUUGGCCGAUGCUCCAUAG